AUGAAAAUAUCUUUCACUGUCCUGCUGCUCUCAGCAGUGUCCCUCUUCACCGUCGCCAGCGCAGUUACUCCAUGGAAAUUCUACCGCAGUAUUAGUUCCACGGAAUAUGCCAACACUUUGCACACAAUGACAGACACCGGCUUUCGCCUGACGUAUAUCUCGGCUUAUGCCAACUCAGAUGGGGAAGCUAGAUAUAACGUUAUCUUCGAGAAGCCCGAGUAUACACCAGCAUGGCGCACCAAUUACGGUUAUAACGUUAAUGAAUUCAACAAGACCUUUGAAGAAUUGAAGACUCAAGGCUUCCGACCUGUGCUAGUGGAAGGGUAUAGCUUUGGCGGCGAGCGUCACUACGCCAGUAUAUGGGAGAACAACACUGAAGCCACCGAAUGGGCUGAGCGCAGAAACAUGUCUGGGGAUGAAUUCACGACCUGGUUCAAGGGACUGAUGAAAAAUGGGUUUCGACUUCGACAUCUUAGCGGGUACGAGUUCAACGAUCAGCAACAGUUUGCUGGCGUGUUUGAAAAAAGGGACAGUGUGCCGUGGAAGGCAUAUGCUGGCCUGACGGCUGCCGAGUUCAAGAUCAAGUUCAACGCGGCUAAAAGGGAUGGAUAUUAUCCCGUGCAGAUUAGCCCGUAUACGGCAUGCGGCAAAGUCUGGUUUGCGGGUAUUUUCGAAAAGAUGGAUAACAACAAGGAUAAGCCUAUUGCUCUAUUUGGGCUGAGCCCAUUUCAGUACCAGAUGAGAGCUGCUGAGUGGGCAAUAAAGGGGUAUAGGCCAACCAUGGUAGACGGAUAUCUGGACAGAGGAGAGAAGUUCACCGCCAUCUUCAACAAGGCCUAG